UAAAACAACACACACAAUCACAGAACUUGAUCUCACGUUUUAUCUUCUAAAUUCCGAAACUUUUUUUCUUGUGAAGAAAAUGGCACCAAAGGCAGAGAAAAAGCCGGCAGAGAAGAAACCAGUGGAGGAGAAAUCAAAAGCAGAGAAAGCUCCGGCGGAGAAGAAACCAAAAGCCGGCAAGAAACUCCCGAAAGAAGCCGGCGCCGGCGGAGACAAGAAGAAGAAGAUGAAGAAGAAGAGUGUUGAGACGUACAAGAUCUACAUCUUCAAGGUUCUGAAGCAAGUUCAUCCAGAUAUUGGAAUCUCAAGCAAAGCUAUGGGAAUCAUGAACAGUUUCAUAAACGAUAUCUUCGAGAAAUUGGCAUCGGAAUCGUCGAAGCUUGCUAGGUAUAAUAAGAAGCCAACGAUUACUUCUAGGGAGAUUCAGACUGCUGUUAGACUUGUUCUUCCUGGUGAGCUCGCGAAACACGCUGUUUCUGAAGGAACUAAGGCUGUGACUAAAUUUACCAGCUCUUGAAUUGUGUGGGUCUUGUUGAAUCGAAUUGUAAAAUUAGGGUUUUUAGAUUUGAUGGUUGUUGACUAUUAGUGGUUUCUGAAUUUCGUUUUCUUUUGGGUUUUUUUUUUCUUAGUGCUAUGUAAUCAAACAAGAUCCGAUCUUUCUCUGAAAUCAAUUAAAGCUUGAUCUUUUUGCUGAAA